AUGGAUGCAUUUAACCGACCUCAAUGCCUCCCCGGAACGCGAACGGAAAUCGUGAAUCAGGUAGUGGAAUGGGUAUUGUCAGAUUCUGACAAGAAGGUGUUUUGGCUACACGGUGUGGCAGGAUCUGGCAAGAGCACAGUCAGCACAACCAUCGCAGAACACUUCCGUGGCAUAUCUCGUCUUGGUGCCCAUCUGUUUUUUGAACGCGGGAAGAGUGACCCUAGCUCUGUCAUACGUACACUCGCUUACAAACUCGCUUCAUUUGACUCUUCAGUGGCAAAAUCCGUAGUCGGAGCCAUUGAGCAAGACGACAGCAUCGCUGAGGCCCCUUCAGCAACCCAAAUUAAGAGCCUUCUCCUUGGUCCUCUUGCUGCUGCUGCGGGCUCUAUGCAAGGACCAGUUGUCAUUGUCCUUGAUGCUCUAGAUGAAUGUGGGGAGGAGAGAACAAGGUGCCAGUUGCUGGAGAGCUUGCAGAGAGGACUCCCAGAGCUCCCAAAGAAUUUUCGGUUUCUGAUCACGAGCAGGAAAGAGCCAGACAUUGACCAUGCGUUAUCUUCACGACCCGACCGCAUUCUUGCCGCCGAACUAGAACAUGACUCGGUAACCUGUAGGGAUGACGUGCUUCAAUACCUUGACCAGGCGAUGCGCAACGUGUUCGUGCUUAGGAGGUUACCGAUUCCAGAUAAUUGGCAGUCAAGAAUGGACGACCUUGCUUCGGCAGCAGCAGGACUGUUCAUCUGGGCGUCGACAGCAGUGAAACUAGUAGAUUGCGAUAAUCCGGCCCCGAGGCUAGACAAACUAGUUUCCAAAUCGCAGCAUCUCUCGGGUCUUGAGCAACUGUAUGCCUCGGUGCUUACAAAUUCAGGCAUUUCGUUCGGCGAUGAAUCGUCCAAGGCACGCUUCCAAAAAGUCCUCGGCCUUAUUCUCCUCAGCAAGACCCAACUUUCUGAUAAUAUUAUCGACCUGCUUCUUGGAUUUCCGCGCGACGAGCCAUCUCACCUUAUCCUCUCACAUUUACAAUCCGUACUUGUGUAUAUUCCGGGAGCACCUAUCCGCUUUUGUCAUACGUCCUUCCGCGACUAUUUGUUGGCACCAGGGCGCGAGAGUGACGACUGGUUCAUUGAUCUCGAGUCUCAGAAGAGCUUUGCCGCAAUGCGAUGUUUCGAUAUCAUGAGGAGCAUGCUCCGCUUCAACAUCUGCAACAUACAGUCAUCGUAUACCCGUAAUGAUCAGGAUCCCGGCCUUCCAGAUCGUAUCAAGGCAAACAUUCCUCCGUACUUGGAGUAUGUGUGUCUCUUCUGGAGCCAACACUUACUCGAGGCUCCAUUCUCACUCGCGUUGCUAGACAAGCUAUCGGAGUUCCUUAAUAAACGUUUGCUCUACUGGCUUGAGGUGAUGAGCCUCUUAGGAAAGGUCAACAUUGCUAGUCCGGCAUUUCUUUAUGUCAUAAAUUGGAUCUUGUUGCAUAAUCCGGAACUACUGACACUCCUCAGAGAUGUGCGCAGACUGAUUACACGAUUCGCACUACCCAUUUCCCAAUCAACACCCCAUGUAUAUGCCUCUUUCCUUCUUUUUGCAUCAAGGGAGUCGAAAUUUAUAGCACGUUACUUGAAGCCAGAUCUACCUAUUGUACAAGUAGAGCAGAUUGGUGUAAAGCAGCGGUCGCCGCUCUUGAAGGUGCUCAUGGGUCAUACAGCCUGGGUCCAAUCUGUUAUUUUCUCACCCGACGGUACUCAUGUUGCCUCCGGCUCCAGUGAUGGUAUGAUUCGAAUUUGGGAUGCUGAAAGUGGGCGAGUCAUUUUCGGCUCAUUUGAAGGGCACAAAGGGUACGUAGAGUCUAUUGCCUUCUCGCUUGACGGUGUGCGCGUCGUUUCCGGAUCCGACGAUAAGACAAUAAGGAUCUGGGACGUUGAGGGCGGGCAGAUGACUUCUAGGCUUAUGGAAGGACAUGAUAGUGUGGUCUUGUCAGUUGCAUUCUCACCGGGUGGUACGUGUGUUGCCUCUGGAUCAGCAGACAAGACUGUCAUGGUCUUGGAUGUUGAGAGCAGACAGGCCAUCAAGCGUUUCGAGGGGCAUGCACAUAUUGUGUUUGAUGUUGCAUCCUCUCCCGACGGGAAGCGCAUCGUCUCUGGUUCAGCUGACAGGACAAUUCGAAUAUGGGAAAUUGGGAGUGGGCAGACCGCCUGUAGCCCUCUUGAAGGUCACACGGGCGGUGUCAGGUCAGUCACCUUCUCUCGUGACGGUACACGCAUUGCAUCAGGCUCUGAGGACAACACGAUUCGAAUCUGGGACGCCGAGAGUGGUGAUUGUAUUUCCAUGCCUUUUGCAGGACAUACCCAUUCAGUCACUUCCGUCACUUUCUCGCCCGACGGCAAACGUGUCGUCUCUGGUUCUUGGGACAUGACAGUUCGAAUAUGGGACGUUGAAAGCGGGCAGGUCGUUUCUGGGCCUUUUACAGGGCACACUUUUCUCGUAUCGUCCGUUGCAUUCUCUCCUGACAGUACCCGCGUUGUCUCAGGCUCCUACGACUCGACGAUUCGAAUCUGGGACGCGGAAAGCGUACGGGCCGUUUCUGGGGAUUUCAAAGGGCAUACAGGUGCAGUAUGUUGUAUUGCUUUUUCGCCUGAUGGCAAACGUGUUUUGUCCGGGUCACAUGAUACUACGAUUCGAAUUUGGGACACUGAAAGUGGAAACACUGUCUCUGGACCUUUCAAAGGACACUCACGCCGGGUCAUUUCUGUCACCUUCUCGCCGGAUGGAACGCAUGUUGCGUCUGGCUCCGAAGAUUGUACGAUCCGCGUGUGGGACGCAGAAAGUGGAAAUGUCGUUUCCGGUCGUUUCAAAGAGCAUAUGUCACAUGUCAGGUCUGCCUGCUUCUCGCCAGACGGGACACGCGUUGUGUCCGGCUCCGAGGACGCAACACUCCAAAUCUGGGAUGUCAAAAGCGGACAGACGAUUUCCGGUCCCUUCGGAGGGCAUACAGGCGAUGUUUACUCCGUUGCUUUCUCGCCUGAUGGGAGGCAUGUUGUCUCUGGUUCCAGCGACAAAACAAUUAUAGUCUGGGAUGUCGAAAGUGGCGGAAUCAUUGCUGGACCCAUGAAAGGACACACAGAUGAGGUUCGGUCAGUGGCUUUCUCACCCGACGGCACACGUGUCGUGUCCGGUUCUGGUGACGGAGCCAUUUUGAUCUGGAAUGUUGAGAAUGGCCAGGUCGUGGUUGGUCCUUUGGAAGGACAUACAAACGGUGUUUGGUCAGUUGCCUUCUCUCCUGAUGGAGCACGCAUCGUCUCGGAUUCUGCUGACUGCACGAUCCGAGUCUGGGAUUCUGAGAGCGGACAAGCUAUCUUUGCACCUUUUGAAAGCCAUACGUUAUCCGUCUCGUCCGUCGCAUUCUCACCGGAUGGUAAACGCGUCGCCUCUGGCUCGUAUGAUCGUACAAUCAGAAUGUGGAAUGUAGAAGGUGUGUUGAGAACUUCCUUGCUCGGCAGUCAAUAUCUGACACCGUAUCCCUGA